AUGAAGCGUCUGUUGGUGAAGUGUUGGACUGAGUUUUGUAACCAUAGUUCGGUAAACGCCCUGCGUUAUCCUUUCGAUGGUCGUCUACCAAAGUUGGAACAGUGCUGGUGGAGGCUUUCGUUUCUCGCCUUCAUCGUCGCUUAUUGUUUCAUCAUCGGUACUGUCUACUUUAAAUGGAUAACAAAUCCCGCAGUUAUCACUUACACCCGAUCCAUGUACCCAAUUUGGGUUGUUCCGUUUCCGGCCGUUACUAUUUGCCCUAUGACCAAAGUUCGGGUUGAAGAUCUUAAUCUUACAGAUGUGAUGAUUCGUUAUCAAAGGGGCGUGAAGUUUGAGGGGGAAGAAUACGAGAAAAUCUAUACCUUGGCCCAAGUUUGCCCAUUUAUGUGGUUGUGGUACAAACCUAGAGAGCUAAUAAACAAAAGUUCAACCGCAAUAUUGAAGAAUAUAUCACUCUCAAUUAACGAUCUUUUCACGAGUUGCUAUUGGCGCAACAUGAAAAUACCAUGCGAGCAGAUUCUGUCACCAAUCAUGACAGAUAGUGGCUUAUGUUACACGUUCAACCAAUUUCCAACUGAUCAAUUACUGCGAAAAGAAAACUUAAAUUCUGAGAGUUUUCUCUCCAACACAAUCAUCAGAAUUGCUAACUGGAAUAUGGAGUCUGGGUAUGCGAAGAAUGCUGGAAUAGAUAGUUACCCAUUUCGACCAAUAGCUCACGGAUACCGAUCUGGACUGUCUAUUGUAAUGAAAACCAGAAAAAUCGAUAAAGAGUACUUAUGUGAGGGUCCCAAUAAAGGGUUCCAAAUUUCAGUUCAUCCUCCAGACGAAUAUCGAGCUAUGUCGAAUCGUUACUUCCGAUUACCAUUACAACAAGCACUGCUACUAACAGUGAAGCCGCAAUUGACCACUAUUUCCCCUGAUCUUAAGAAGCAUGAUCAUACGAGACGCCAAUGUUACUUCAACGAUGAACGUUACCUGCGUUUCUUCAAAAUCUACAAUUCGCAUAACUGCUACCUCGAAUGUAUCGCCAAUCUGACGGAUACGGAUUGUCAUUGUGACAGAAUUUCACGACCUCGAGGUCUCAACACUACGAUAUGUGCCGGACACAGGAAAGAUUGUCCAGAGAUCAUUCAGCACAAACUUGAAAUGCUUCAUCAAUCGCUCGAAGGAGAUGAAGAAUGGAUUGGCCCUUGCUCUUGUCUACCGGCGUGUGCCACCUUGCAGUACGAUGUAGAAGUUUCGCGAACUUCAUUCAACCCUCAACAGUUGGCUCAAGCUUUGUCGAAUAGUAGCGUCAUCUAUAAACACUCGGAUGAUCACGCUUUUAUUGCGGUUGGAUUCAAAAGCAAAUGGUUGCUACCUUUGAAGCGUCGUGAAUUAAUGGAUUUCUGCGAUUUGAUGGCUCAACUCGGUGGUUUGUUUGGGCUGAUGAUGGGAGCAAGUGUUAUCAGUUUGCUGGAGAUCCUGUAUUUCAGUCUGGUUCGUCCCAUAUUUAAUAAACUCAGACAUUCGGAGAAUGAGCAACCCAUUCGACCAUGGGUUCGAUAA